AUCAACGAACUGGGAGAAGGAUUUGAUGGAAAUAUACCAGAAGACAGUGAUGUUGAUGGGGAGGACUAUCUUGACCUGCAACAACUUAAUUUGCUGAAACCGAUAUCUCAUUUCUCUGGACUCGAUUUCGACAAAGAAACUGCAGAUCGAGAAAAGAAUUUGACGACUCUCCGAAACUGGGUUAACCCUGAUGGUUCUGACAGAAAGCUCCUGUACAAUGGAAUGAGUUACGAGAACGGCUCCAUCACAGUACCAGCAGCAGGAGUGUACCACAUCACAAGUCACGUCAAGUUCUACAUCGAGGACAACAGGAAGGAUGACAAGUCACUCCAAACAUUCCGGCACCAGGUUGUCCGCUAUAGUGCCUCCAGCCAGACACAGGUCGUGUUGUUUGAAAAUGCCGUGACUGAGUGUAAAGAGGGUAUCAACGACGGAGCUCACCUGGAGUACCCGAGUGAUGCUGGUGGACUGGCUCUGUUGGAUGCUGGAGAUCAGGUGAUGGUGAAAGUAUCACACUUACAGACGCUGAAGCAUGAUCGUGACUGGCACUAUUUCAAUGUACAUAUUGUAUAGAGUGAUGUUUGAGUGCCACUACCACUUAAUUGGUGAUGUGACUGGCCGCAUAUUGACAGAACACGUAAGACACGUGCUUAGAAACUCAAUUAAAAAUGUUCUCAAACUAAUUUAUUGUUCUGUUGCACUGAAACGCAUUUUUACUGCUUAUGGUAAUUUUCAAAUUUUGUGGAGUAUGAAUCUUGGUAACAUAUGGGAGCGAGUCUUUCAUUAGAACCAAAGGUAAGCCACAUCGGGUGCAGUGUGUUUGUGCUGUCUUUCAAACUGAAAGAUUUGGUUGGUUUGUUGUUUAAUGCCACACUCAGCAAUGUUCCAGCUAUAUGUCUGCGGUGUGUAAAAUAUAAUGAUC